GGGAGGUCGGAGGGCGGUGGGGCGGGGCGGGGCGGCGCGGCGGAAAGAGUUGGGACCAUGGCUGUUGACUGGAUUGGGUUUGCAUAUGCUGCUCUGUUGGCUGUUGGAGGCAUUGUAGGAUACACUCGUAAAGGUAGUAAAAUUUCUUUAGCUGCUGGUCUUAUCUUUGGUUCCGUGGCUGGUUAUGGAGCUUACUGUGUAACACGUGAUCCAAGAAAUGUGAAGAUAUCAUUGUUUUCAGCUUUUCUUUUGACCAUUAUAAUGGGAAUGAGGUUCAAGAGAUCCAAGAAACUGAUGCCAGCCGGACUUGUAGCAUGCCUGAGCCUUUUGAUGAUUUUGAGGCUUGUUUUUAUGCUUCUGUAGGAGAAUGUAGCAACUUGAGAACUGAAGUAUGACAGCCAUGCCCACCUCACAAACAGGCAGGCUCUCCAUACUUGAAAGACAAAUUGGAACACAAGUCUUAUUUUGCUUUUAUCUUUUCAGUAAAAGAAAGAUCAAUACCUGUACCCUAAUUACUGGCACUUGCCAGCUGGUGUUUUGCAAGCUAUUUAUAAAAGCUAAAACAGUUGUUUGUUAAUGAUACAUUUUGAUCUGCUUAAGCAAUCUGCUAACUCGAGGGACCUUUACCUCUAAGUUUGAUAGCUUUCAGGGGUGCUGAGCACACCAGGAAACUGCAUUAGCAUUGCACUGUAUCAGAGAUGUUUUGAAGCAUAAUUUUGUAGCUUCUGUAAUUAAGUAAUCAAUUCUAACCAUACUGUUAGUCACUAAUGAAUAAAGGGACGUGCCUGUACUGUCUUAUACAAAAACCUGUCUUCCUUUUGAGUACGUUUAUCUUCUUCCACUGUUUCUAAAUAUCAAACCUACUAUCAGUGUUGAAAUAAAACUUAAAAUGUUUGAAGCUUCCCUCA